GCGCUCGCCCUGAACCUGAGCCUCGGCCUCCAGCCACCACCGCCUCUGUACCUCAGCCCACCGCACCUCCCACGGUCUGCCCCACCGCCCCUCCCACCGCCCGCCCCUCCGAGCGCCCCACGACAGGCCCCACAGGCCCCCCUGCAGCUGGCCCCACGGGCCCCCCCACUGCAGGGCCUUCUGCGGCCCCUACAGCGUCUUUGGAUCCAGAGGACAAUGUCUGCAACGUGGACAUCUUCGACGCCAUCGCGGAGAUUGGGAAUCGCCUGCAUGUCUUUAAGGAUGGGAGGUACUGGCGACUCCCUGAGGGCAGCGGACGCCAGGUGCAGGGCCCCUUCCUUAUCAGAAGCACAUGGCCUGCGCUCCCUGCCAAGCUGGACUCGGCUUUCGAGGAUCCGCUCACCAGGAGGAUUUACUUCUUCUCUGGACGCCAAGUGUGGACGUACACGGGCGCGUCGGUGCUGGGUCCGAGGCGUCUGGACAAGCUGGGCCUGGGCCCGCAGGUGGCGGGGGUGACCGGGGCCCUCCCGCGCGGGGGGAGCAAGGUGCUGCUGUUCAGCGGGCAGAGCUUCUGGAGGUUCGACGUGAAGUCGCAGCUGGUGGAUUCCAGCAAAGGCACCCCGGUGGACCGUAUGUUCCCAGGGGUGCCCCUGCACACGCAUGACGUCUUCCAGUACCGAGAGAAAGCUUACUUCUGCCAGGACCGCUUCUUCUGGCGUGUGAGUUCCCGACAGGAGGUGAACCAGGUGGACAAAGUGGGAUACGUGUCCUUCGACAUCCUGCACUGCCCCGAGGAAUAGGGCUGCCCAUCCUGUUUCGGCACUGCGGUGUGGGUCCCCUGGGAACCACCCUAGUGGGGAAGGAGCCAGUUUGCUGGAUCCGAACUGGUGGGUCUGUUCUGGGGCGAGGAGGAGGGGAGGUGGGCUGGGCCCUCUGUUCCCACCUUCCUUUUUUGUUGGAAUGUUUUUAAUAAACACUGGAUUCUUUAGC